CGAUUGGCCAAAGCCUGUCCUUUUACAUGCUUGCGAGCGGUGCUUCAGCGUGUUAUAAGCACAUUCAUCUGAAACAUUAAGGUACAGUAGGUGCCGGAAGACGUUGCCUCAUAUUUCCCGCAGUAUCUGACAAACAGGUGAACCAUGCCUUCAGUACCCUCCAGCACAGAGACCAGCAGCUUGGCCUUGGCCUGCCCGCACGCCACCAAGCUCCACUCCGGCCAGAUGCUCAUCAACGGCGACGACAGUGGCAAGAUUCGGCCUGGCCCCCUGCAGAAGAACGGGGAGGAGCACGGCAAGGCCUAUCCCGAGCCUCCGCAGCUCAACGGGGAAGAGAGCAACGGGGACAGGAAGUGGAUCCGCCCCGACCUGCCCAGCAGGUGCACCUGGAGGCUGGGCAUGUCCCCGGAAGCCUCCCCGCACAGCCAUCCUGAAAGGACGAAACCUUCUGGCAUUCUCCCCAACAUUCUGAGGAAGAUCGGGGACACCCCACUGGUGCGCAUGAACAAGAUUCCCAAGACUUUUGGACUGAAGUGCGAGCUUUUGGCGAAGUGCGAGUACUUUAACGCGGGGGGCAGCGUGAAGGACAGGAUCAGUCUGCGCAUGGUGGAGGACGCCGAGAGAGCUGGCAUCCUCAAACCUGGGGACACCAUCAUCGAGCCCACGUCUGGGAACACUGGUAUCGGGCUGGCUCUGGCAGCGGCAGUGAAAGGAUAUCGCUGCAUCAUCGUCAUGCCCGAGAAAAUGAGCAUGGAGAAGGUCGAUGUCCUGCGCGCUCUGGGAGCUGAGAUCGUCCGGACGCCCACCAGCGCUCGUUUCGACUCGCCGGAGUCGCAUGUGGGCGUGGCCUGGAGGCUGAAGAACGAGAUCCCCAACUCGCACAUCCUGGACCAGUACCGCAAUCCCAGCAACCCCCUGGCCCACUACGACACCACGGCCGAGGAGAUCCUGGAGCAGUGCGAUGGUAAGGUGGACAUGCUGGUGGCUGGCGCUGGGACAGGAGGAACCAUCACUGGCAUUGCCCGCAAGCUGAAAGAGAGAUGCCCAAACAUAAAGAUUGUCGGAGUGGACCCUGAGGGGUCGAUUCUGGCAGAGCCAGAGGAGCUGAACAAGACUGAUAAAACCCAGUAUGAGGUGGAGGGCAUCGGGUACGACUUCAUCCCCACCGUGCUGGACAGAUCUGUCGUGGACAGCUGGUUCAAAUCCAACGACGAGGACUCGUUCGCCAUGUCGCGCAUGCUGAUCAGGGAGGAGGGUCUUCUCUGCGGUGGCAGCUCGGGCACUGCCAUGUCUGCAGCUGUCCAGGUUGCUAAGGAGCUGAAGGAGGGACAGCGCUGUGUGGUCAUCCUGCCCGACUCCAUCCGCAACUACAUGUCCAAGUUCCUGAGUGAUAAGUGGAUGUGUCAGAAAGGCUUCUUGAGGGAGGAGGAACUCAUGGUGUCCAAGCCCUGGUGGUGGAACCGCACCCUGCAGGUCCUUAACCUGUGCGCCCCCCUGACCGUCUUGCCUACCGUCACCAUCAAGAGGACCAUCACCAUCCUGAAGGAGAAGGCCUUCGACCAGGCGCCCGUCGUCGACGAAUCUGGGGUGAUUUUGGGAAUGGUCACUCUUGGAAACAUGCUGUCCUCCGUGCUGGCCGGGAAGGUGAAGCCAUCUGACCCCGUCAGCAAGGUCCUCUACAAGCAGUUCAAGCAGGUGCGCCUGAUCGACAACCUGGGGAAAAUAUCCCGCAUCCUGGAGACGGAUCACUUCGCCCUGGUCGUUCACGAGCAGAUUCAGUAUCUGACGGACGGAUCGCCCGCCCUGAAGCAGAUGGUUUUCGGAGUGGUGACCGCCAUCGACCUGCUCAACUUCGUCACCACCCGGGAGAGGGCGCUGUCUCUCUCCGAGAGCACGGAAGAACUUUAAAUCCCUUCCUGCGUGUACGUAUGUGUGUGUGUGUGUGUGCCGUGCGUCGGUGUGUGAGUGCGAGGAUCGACCAGAAUCGAUAAGGUCGUUAGUUUUGCGGGCGGGGCUGCUCUGGCACAGGUGCACCCAAUCAAUCUACUGAUGUUUGUGAUGCCAGUAGAAAUCUGUGGAACUUUUGAUUCAGCUAGAGGGCCAUCUCAGAACCAUGAAUGUCUCUUCUUUUAUUUGUUGUUUUGAGUUGUGAUUUGUCACAACUGGAUGGAAUUUUGAACCCAGUGAAGAAUAGGUUUUUUGGAAUUAUUAUUUUUGGUUUUCAAAAUUACAAGUCGAUGUUCUGGAACUCUUUGCUUUCAAAGAACUUUCAAAAUAAAAUAAAUAAUCAAAAAUUAUACUGGGGAAUUUUACAAUUUUGAAAUAUUUACCAAAAAUAUUUGUUUAAUGUUACAUUUUUAAUUACUGAUUCCUGACUGGGAAAACCAAAACAAUUAUUGCACAUCUUAAGAGCAUCAUUAACAUAACAUCAUUAACAAGUUUCUAAAUUACAUUCUAAUUGAUAAUCUAUAACUUGGUAAAACAAAUAUGGAGGAUAAUCAUUUUCUGUCAGUCAUUUUCAAAAUUGUCCUGGAAUUCCUUAUUCUUCGAUGGUCCACAGACCAUGACUUUACUGUAAAAACACUUUGAUUCCUCAGAUCUGUAUUUCAUUUGUGAAGAGCUGGGUGGAUUUAUAUUUUAAUUUUAAUCAGCACAUUUUUUAACUGAUUUGUUUUUGCAGCUAAUCAUCUUUUGCUAUUUUGUCAGUAUAGUAUGUUUAUGGUUGGAAAACUAAAUGAAAUCACUAUUUUUAGCUGCUCUGCAAAAAUGUCUUGCAAUACCUAUAGCGUACCUAUAGCGGAAGUUCUUUUCGAAGUAUUUGAAUAAUAUCUACUUGAGUGAAGAGUUUUGGGUGAACUCGCAUGUUCGAAGGGAUUUGAUUGAUCAAAAAGAUGUAGAGGAAUGCAUAAUUAUUUUUCCUGCUCCAAAGUCAUAUUUGAUUUAAACAUUCUUUGAUCAGUAAUAGUGCAUGGUGAUUGGCUUAGCACAUCUACUCUCUAUUAGUGCCUGAGGGUCAGCACCAGAUCAGCUAGUGAAAGGAAUGCUUCCUUAAUUUUUCUUUUUGAGGGACGAACUUCAGACCGUUACAAAGUUGCGAUUCAAAAACCUGCUUAUUAUUCUGCUGGGUUUAACACAAUGUAGUGUGUUCUGGGUUAAUUUAGUGACAGGAAGUUUAGCACGUGGUUUCCCCGAAUUGAUCAAAUCUGCUCUUCCUCUUAUAGUAUUUACUUUUACUUUCUCACUCCCAAAAAUCAUCACCAAAGUUUUAUUUAUGUGCAUUUUUGUGAAGGUUAUAUUUCUACUGUAAAGUAUUUAAUUAGUGGCUGUAGUGCAACCUCCCAUGGGCUCAAAGUAUUGAAUCAGUUUGUGUAUUUUUUUCUCUUGUAUUUGUGGCGGUGUAGCGCCCUCUAUGGACUGAUAUAAAGCAUAGCAGGUGAAGUGGUUCCUGUAGACAUGAGCAAGCUGUAUUUUAAAUGACCUUUAAAAAAACACAUCUCUUGUCACACUCGACAUAGAGAGGGCUGGUUCAAGUCGCUUCCAUGGAGAUCGCCUGCUUCCACUAUAGAUGUGUUCUUGCUGGCCUGUUGUCCAAGGUAAAACUCUAUAGUGUAGUUACUCUGGAAACCUUGUUUAGUUGGCAAUUGGAAGUAUCUGGGUAGGACUAUAUUUAGACGUGUUUGGCCAAACCGAACUUGCACCCAAAAGAGCAUUGGGUAUUUUCUUGUAUUGAAACAAGAUGUUAAGGUGUACUUUUUGUUCGAUGUAGAGUGUGGUCAGCACAGGAGGUCUUUUAUACAGGCCACUGUUGGGGAAAUCUAGGCUUAAUUUGCAGGAUUUUUCCCUAUUUACUGUACCUUGACUUUGUUUAAAUGAUUGAAUUUAUGUUAUGACAAUGAAUUUUAUGCAGUUAAAGGUACAGGCAACUGGAUUCAAAUUUUGAUCAUAUCCCCCUAUUUAAUAUUUCUUUCAAGUUUUUGGCCCAAUUAUAACCAUUAAAUUGUAAUAAACAGUAUUUGCUUAUUGCGACCUGUUCAGCAGACAAGGACAGGGGGAGGGAGUGUGUCCUGUGCUAGAGUCAGAUGAUAGCAUAGACUAUACGAGUUACAGGUCAGAUGAUAGCAUAUAGACUAUAUAAGUUACAGGUCAGAUGAUAGCAUAGACUAUACGAGUUACAGGUCAGAUGAUAGCAUACAAGCUCCCGACCAAAUCAGAUGAAGUUACAGUCGGCAACGCACAGCAGGCAAAAUGUCAUAUACGGAGCCACCUCCUGAUUGGUCAGUGGGAAUUGAAACAGAAUUUUCACACAUGACCUCUCACACCUGACGAAUUCAAGCCAAUUGUGCCCAAAUUUUUUUCACACUCAAAAAAACAAUCAAGAGUCUGUAAGCCAGUCAGAUUGGUUUGGAAUGGUUUUCUUGCAUAACUAAUGCCAGGUUAACUCCACCUACUGAAAACCUUGCAUUUUGCCAAGGGGGAGAGCAAACCAAUUUCAGCACAGGCCUUUGUGUUUUUUUUUUUCGGUUUUUUUUUACAAGAAUCAAUUAAAAAAUAUUUCUCGGCCAUUUGUGAAUGCAAAAAAAAAAAAAAAAGUAUUAAAAUGGCACAUCAGCGAAGAAUUGAGAUUUCAGUUUCCUGGACCUUUAACAUAUACCAAGACAAUUAAGAAUGAGAUGAGAUGGAUACUUUUAUUUGUCCCCGUGGGGAAAUUGGUUUGCAGCAUAAUCAAGGCAUUUCAUCACAAAAAUCACUAUUAGACAUACUAUUUGCAUGAACACAUGCAAAUGCAAACACAUGCAAAUGCAGAAAUAUCCCUUGGGGAAACUGACAAUAUAAAAAAAUAAAAAAUCAGAUAUUCAGUAUAUUAACUUAAUUGGACAGUUUCUGUUUCUUCUCACCCAUCCUUGCUUGGAGUUGACAAAAUCAAAGCUGUUGAUUUUUAUUUUCUGAGUCUUUUAUCCUCAGGCGCUGUAAUGCAAAAAAUGGCUUCAAAUAAAGGUUUGUUCUGAUUACUGCAAA